UCGGGGAGCGCACACCUGGUCCGGUCGAGCGCGCCCAAACAUACACGGGCACCUCCUCCAUUCUAUCUUCUCGAGGUGCCCACGCCCCUCCUCCACGACCACCCAAUCCGGUUCACACCGCCUCUCGCCGUCGCCAUGUCCGUCGCCGUGGUGGCCGCCUCCUCCUCCCUCCCCUCUCGCUACGCACUGGCCCACGCCAACUCGCACCGUCCUCUCCGCCCCCUGCGCUUCAUCUCUUCCCCGCCGCAGCCGUGCGCCUCCCCAGCGUCCCUCCUCCGGCGGCGGCGGGCGGCGGCGCCCACCACCUUCUGCUCCGCGCCGUCGCUCGGCCGCGUCGGCUGGCCGCGCCGCGAGGGGAGCGCCUGGCUGCUCUCCUUCAGCGCCGAGGCCGAUGCCUCCCCGUCGGACGCGGAGGGGGCCGUGGACCCCUCGGAGGCGGUCUCCGCGCUGCUCCCGCUCGUCGUCGUCGCCACGGCCGUCGCCGCCCUCGGCAACCCUGCCACCUUCUCCUGGGUGUCCAAGGAGCUGUACGCACCUGCACUUGGGGGCAUUAUGCUCUCCAUUGGCAUCAAACUAUCCUUCGACGACUUCGCUCUGGCCUUCAAGAGGCCUGUGCCGCUGUCGAUUGGGUACAUGGCCCAGUACAUGCUGAAGCCGCUGCUGGGGGUGCUAAUCGCAAGGGUGUUCCGGAUGCCAUCAGCCUUCUUCGCGGGUUUCAUGCUUACAUGCUGUGUCUCGGGUGCGCAGCUUUCGAGCUAUGCUAGCUUCCUGGGGAAAGGAGAUGUUGCGUUGAGUAUUCUGCUCACAACCUACUCCACCAUAUCUUCGGUGAUUGUGACACCUAUUCUCACUGGUUUGUUGAUUGGUUCAGUGGUUCCGGUUAAUGGAAUUGCAAUGGCGAAAUCGAUUCUCCAGGUGGUUCUUCUGCCUGUGACACUAGGUCUCCUUCUGAAUACCUAUGCAAAACCAGUGGUUAAUGUCAUACAACCAGUGAUGCCAUUUGUUGCUAUGGUGUGCACAUCACUCUGUAUUGGGAGCCCUCUUGCUAUAAAUAGGACCAUGCUCCUCUCAUCACAGGGAUUCAUGUUACUUCUCCCCAUAGUGACUUUCCACAUUGCGGCCUUUGUUGUGGGUUACUGGGUUUCCAAGUUGCCUCAGUUGAGGCAAGAAGAACCAGUUUGUAGGACUAUAUCAGUGUGUACUGGAAUGCAGAGCUCCACCCUAGCUGGGCUUCUUGCUACCCAGUUUCUUGGAAUUAGUCAGGCAGUUCCUGCAGCAUGUUCUGUUGUUGUCAUGGCAAUAUUUGGUUUGACUCUUGCAUCGUACUGGGGAAGUGGUAUGCGAAUAAGGGACCUUCCUUUGAGAUUCUUUCCACAAGCUUCCGCUGAUGCGAGAUCAUGAGAGGCUGGAUUUAGCAUUGAAAUUCUUUCAAGGGCUCCCGGUUUCAGAAACUCAGCUGCCCUUUGGGGAUGCAGUUACAGGGGUGUCCUGCGGCUCAUCCAGCAAUCAGGCAUGCCAUAGUAGCUACAAAAGGCAGAACUACAAACCGCAGAUUGUGCAAGAUGAGCAGCGGCUGAGGAUAACCUCGCCACAGAAACCACUUGCAUGGCUGCAUACGAUGGAAGGAUAAUGAGAUGCUAGCCAUUUACCACUUAUCAUACCAUGUGCAGUAGGCUCCAUUAGUGGUGCUCCCUUGGCCAUUUUUUUGUAGAUACUAGAUAGUAGACACGUUGACGGUUCCUAUGUACACCACUAAGCAUAUGCAUGUGCAAUGCCAAUAUCAUCGACGCAUUCUUCCCAGGAUGAACCCCAUGGAUGUCUGUACCCUUCUGAAGUGCUUGUUUCUUGCUCUAAUAACCCAUCAAAAUCACAUUCUAUGUC